AAUCACCUCUGGGUUUUUUUUUAUUUUUUUGCUAAACAAACCAAAAACAACAAACUUUUGAAAAGAAAAACACUGUUUUUCUUAGUUUUUGAUCUAAAAUUUUGUAAAUAAGUGAUUUUUCUCCUUCACUGAUGCACUAAUGAGGCUGCAGUGAUGGGUAUUGAUAGGUUGCACUGAUGGGCAUUGAUGAGGAGGCACUGGUGGCACUGAUAGGCGGCACUAACAGGUGGCACUGACUGGCCUUGAUAGGC